AUGGCUCGACCCAUCGUCUUCAAAAGUCACAAAAGAGACUUCUGGUCAGUCGUGGACGCAUCAGAAGAGGAGGAAGACUUGAAGGAAUCUAGAGACCAAGUCGAUUCAUUCUUCGAGCAAGUGAAAGAGGAAAUCGCAUGGAAAAACAAGCAGCAGCUGGUCUCAGCUGACAGCACUGAUACAGUUGUGCAAGCGCAGGAGGAUGUAGAGAUACAAAGUGAUAGCUCGACUGCAUCACAGUCAGCCGAAGUACUUUUCUCCCCUCUACCAGUCGAGGAAGCGAUAGGCAAGAAAACGGUUGUACCGAUACCAGUCCUGAGAUCAGUUAUUUCCGAUCUCUCCGAGGUUUCCUUCAUUCCACCUUCAUUCCAUCCUUCCCAUAUCCUGCAAACCUCCACACCUCGGGCACCUACGUCCACCUUCCCUUCCGUGCCGACACCCAGCGAUGCUGGUACACCUCGACUGCCUGCUCCCGCAUCUUGGAAACUACAUUCACUUCCACUCUCCAGUAGAUCAGCUGAUCCUGCUACUCCCGACUAUGUCGCAUCUCCCAUUGAUUCUCCCUCAACCACUAAAUCCCGACUAUCAGUCAAUCCCAGUGGUGUAGGGGAAGGUGAAGGUCGAGGAAGGCGCGAUGACCCAGAGACUCCGGUACCCAUAGGCAAAUCCGCACUAUCUGAAAUUAAGUCCAGGAAAGAUCACCAAGCAAUUUCAAAGCACUUUGAUCUACUGUCCAGGGCAGUUGUCAAAGGGCAACCGCUGCCUCAAGGAAAAGUUAAGGGAAAACAAACAUUAGGAAAAGCAGCUACUAUGACCGCUGGUAUAGGAGGGAAAGUAUUUGACGCAUUGAAAUUUUGUUUGACAAGUGAGGUCAAUCAAGCUUCCAAGCUCAAGCAGAGAGCCGAUAUCAUCACCAGUCUAGGUGGUCAGGUAGUCCUUCAACCUGAUACAGCUAUAACUCACGUAAUCUACGAUACAGGCAAAUCCGCCUCUCUUUUAGCCCAAAAGCUUGGUGUAGAGACCCUUAGUGAAUUACCGGAGGGAACGACUUGUGUCAAGUGGGACUGGAUAGUUCAAUGUAAAUUAGCUGGAAGGCUACUUGACCCUACUCCAUGGCUCAGUUUCCCAAAGACAUCCUUCUCCCGUGCGGUCUCCACCAAUGCUAUUCGCCCAACCUCUAGAAUAUUCGACAUAACGGAUCAACUUCGUGGUCAGAGCGUAGCUAUAACAAGAAAACGGGAACCAACUGCUUCAGACUCGGAUACCGAGGAAUCAUCGAAGAAACGAUCUCGAAUUGGUCAAACCAAGUCUUUCACUCUCUUUCCUCCAGUACCCGAACGUUGUGAAGAAAAUGCAAACGCGAAAAGUGGACCGUCGAGGCUCAAAUCGAUGGAUAAUCUCGAUAUAAGUGUGGCUACUGAACAUGCUUUGCCUUCUGGACCGGGCUGGAAGACAGCGGCUGAAGGGGAGAGGGAUGCGUUGGAUGAGAUGAUAGAAGGUAUCGUAAAAGGUAGUCUGGAUGUACCUGAGGACAUCGACGAAAAUAGUGAUCGAGAAGAUGGCAGUCCUGAACGACGUAACAGAUCUGAUACCAAUCCCAACCCCUCAGCUGAUGGAUACAAAUGCGGCCAAAACCAUGAUGGAAAAGGAUAUACUGGUCCAAACGAAUGGCUGGCCAAGAAAUUUGAAGAGCUACAUGAUUUGUAUAGCGGUCAGGUAGGCAAAAAUAGUUUCGCAAUCCGAGGAUAUCAACGUGCUGCUGGAAUCAUGAGACGUAUUACCUAUCCUAUAACCACCGGUACUCAAGCUCGAGCUAUCCCUGGAAUCGGGAUGAAUCUAGCUGAUAGAAUCGACGAAUUUUUGUCGGGAGCACAAGGUCGAGCAUUUUAUGAAAACACGGAACAAGCUCGAUGCGUUGCUCUUUUCAAAGACAUUUAUGGUGUCGGUCGCCAACAUGCCAAUGAGAUGUAUCGAUCUGGUGCUCGAACGAUCGAUGAUCUUCGUUCAGGUAAAUUCUCACUUACAGCCGGACAAAUGAUAGGUCUUCAAUUGUACGACGAUUUAAAAGCUAGAAUUCCGAGGGAUGAAUGUAAAGAUAUUUUCGAGAUUAUCAGAUCCGAGGCUCAGGCCAUCGAUGAUCAGCUUUGGGUGGAGAUCAUGGGUAGCUACAGGAGGGGACAAGAUACGAGUGGAGACGUUGAUAUACUUAUCACACGUGAAGGCGGAGAAGACAAUGAGAAGAAAGGAAUACUGGGCGAUUUGAUACAGAGAUUGAAGAGGAAAGGACUGGUAACUCACGAUCUCGGUACUCCGACUGAUUGGACAGCGCCUGAAGCCAAAUGGAUGGGUGUAGGAAGGCUGAGCUCUGCACAUAAGCAUCGCAGGAUAGAUAUCCUCUGCAUACCUUACAAGUAUUGGGGUGCAGCGUUGAUCUACUUUACUGGUAACGAGGUGUUUAAUCGAUCUAUGAGACUUUAUGCAAGAAAGAAUGGCUACAGUCUUAACCAAAGAGGACUAUAUAAAGGUGUUAUUAGGGGUAAGGAUGGACUGAAGCAAACCGAAGGAGAACUCAUUGCAUCGAAAACUGAACAAGAUAUAUUCAACAUGCUUGGACUGAGAUGGAGGCACCCUCAUCAUCGACGACCAUGA